AUAGCUGGAGUGCGCACCAACGUUCAACAACUCCUCGAGUACUCGCACGAGACAAAGAAGCGAAACUUCCUCGAGACUGUCGAGCUACAGAUCGGCCUCAAGAACUAUGACCCUCAGCGUGAUAAGCGUUUCUCGGGAACCAUUCGGCUGCCCGUCGUGCCCCGCCCGGGAAUGUCAAUUUGCAUCCUUGGUGACCAACACGACAUUGAUCGUGCCAAGCACGGUGGCGUUGACGCCAUGUCUGCAGAUGACUUGAAAAAACUCAACAAGAAUAAGAAGCUCAUCAAGAAGCUUGCACGGAAAUAUGAUGCAUUCGUUGCCUCUGACACACUCAUCAAGCAAAUCCCUCGUCUCCUAGGUCCCGGACUAUCUAAAGCUGGAAAAUUCCCAACUCCUGUGUCCCACAACGAAGAUCUGGCCGGCAAGAUUAACGAAGUCAAGUCAACCAUCAAAUUCCAACUUAAAAAGGUUCUUUGCAUGGGUGUCGCUGUAGGCAAUGUAGGAAUGACAGAGGAUCAGCUCAUUGGUAACAUCAUGUUGUCAAUCAACUACCUCGUUUCCCUCCUCAAAAAAGGCUGGCAAAAUGUCGGAAGUUUGACCAUUAAGGCUUCAAUGUCGCCCCCAAAACGUUUAUAUUAG